GUAUCUCGCUCAUCAUGUGGAACGCUCUCUACACGGCCGAAAAAGUCAUUAUCCGCUGGACCCUGCUGACGGAGGCGUGCUACUUUGCCGUGCAGUUCCUGGUUACCACUGUCUCCCUGGUUGAGAGUAGCCAGAUAGCCACAGGUGCCGUGCUCCUCCUGGUCAGCCGAGCCCUCUUCGUCCUCAUCAGCGUUUAUUAUUAUUACCAAGUUGGACGCCGUCCCAAGAAAGUUUAA